AUGCUUCAACAACAACAACAACAACUCCAACAACAACAACAACAACAACAACAACAACAACAACAACAACUCCAACAACAACAGCAGCAACGAUAUGCGAAUGAUUUUCAACUUAGCAAUAUUAUUAAAACGAAUAAUACUAAUAAUAAUAAUAAUAAUAAUAAUAGUGGUGCUGUAUAUACAAUAGCAACAACUCAAAAUAACAACAAUAAUGUUACUAUAAGCAGUAUAUUUCCUUGGAUAACAUCUACGAUGAUAACAACAAUGGCAACAACAACAACAGCAGCAACAACAACAACAACAACAACAACAACAAUGCAACAAAGAUUUCAAUCAUCAUUUAACAUCAUGGAACAAAUUAGUAAUACGAAUGAUUCUAUUCAAGAUCUUAGUCAACAACGAAAUAUUAAUAAUAACGAACAUCAGGAAUUUGUAACAUCAACUAAUAUACAAUCAUCAAUAACACAUAUGAAUGAUGAUGUUAAAACUAGUAGUGAUUAUUACAAGAAUGAAACAUUAGCAACGGUAAUUAAUCCAGUAAAUGAUGGUGGUGAUGAUGAUGAUGGUGAUGAUGAUGAUGAUGAUGAUGAUGGUGAUGGUGUUGGAACAACUACAAUGACCAUUGAUGGUCAAUCAUGUAAGCUAAAUGUUGAUGAUGAUAAAAUUGAUGAUAAUGGUACAACAUCAUAUUUAAAGGAAGAAAAUAGUAUGAGUGAAACAAGUCCAACUCCAAGUGUAUCAUUCACCGGUGGUGGUUGUGGUAAUAGUGGUAAUAGUGGUAGCAGUUCAUCAAGGCGCAAAUGUUUUGCACCACAACGGCAACCAAUUGAUAUCGAUGAUGAAUGUAAUCCACAAAUUGAACAAAAUGAAGAUUUAUUGGAAGAUGAUAAGACAGUAAAUAAAGGAAAUAUCGAAAAAUCACCUGAAGCAAAACUGCAAGUUUAG